CUGGCAUCUACUGAAUUUUUAAACCUCUAGGGAGUUUUAGUUCAAAUCCUUAAAAGGAGAGAGUAGUAUCUCUUCUGAAAGUCACAUGCAGCAGAAAAUCUGCACAAAUAAGACACUUCGAAUUAAACUGUAAAGGCUUGAAUUGGACAUUGAAGAGGAAGGGCUAGGGAGGGGGAAGAGAGCAGGAGUGAGAGAACAAACAGCAAAGAGGAAGAAUCAAUACCAUAUGAAGGCAUGGAAGUGUGAAACACAAGAACAUCUGAAAAAUGGCAGCGCUGAGCGUGGUGGUACAUGCCUGUAAUCCCAGGGUUGUGGAGGAUGAGGGAAGAGGGUAGCAAGUUUGAAGCCAAUCUGGGGCACACAAUGAGAACUGUCUCAAAAAAAACAACAGAAACAAUCUAACAUGUGAGUGUUCCUGGGAGCACUUGUGGCCAAGAUGCACAGGAGAAUUGGUGUUGGGAAUAGUCUGGAGAAACAAGCAGAACCUGCUCCUGACUAGCUGUGGACCAUGAUUCAGAUUUUGGUUGUUAUUCAUCAGGUCACGAAAAACAGGGAAUUACGUGUCAUACCCCCCACCCCUGGAAAAGGUAAAAAUCUCUACACAAAUGAAUAUGUAGCAAUCAAACUGUUUCAGGAACCAAUAAAAUCAAGAGCUCCGCAGCUUCAUGUAGAAUACAAAUAUUAUAAACAACUUGGCAGUGCAGCUGAAGGUCUCCCACAGGUGUACUACUUUGGACCAUGUGGAAAAUACAGUGCCAUGGUGCUGGAGCUCCUUGGCCCUAGCUUGGAGGAUUUGUUUGACCUCUGUGACCGAACGUUUACUUUGAAGACGGUGUUAAUGAUAGCCAUCCAGUUGCUGUCUCGAAUGGAAUAUGUGCACUCAAAGAAUCUCAUUUACCGAGAUGUCAAGCCAGAAAACUUCCUGAUUGGCCUUCAAGGCAAUAAGAAAGAACAUGUUAUACACAUUAUAGACUUUGGACUGGCCAAGGAAUACAUUGAUGCUGAAACCAAAAAACACAUAGCUUAUAAGGAGAACAAAAGUUUAACUGGAACUGCAAGAUAUAUGUCUAUCAACACGCAUCUUGGCAGAGAGCAAAGCCGGCGAGAUGAUUUGGAAGCCCUGGGCCAUAUGUUCCUGUAUUUCCUUCGAGGCAGCCUACCUUGGCAAGGACUCAAGGCUGAUACAUUAAAAGAGAGAUAUCAAAAAAUUGGGGACACCAAAAGGAAUACUCCCAUUGAAACUCUCUGUGAGAACUUUCCAGAGGAGAUGGCAACCUACCUUCGGUAUGUCAGGCGAUUAGACUUCUUUGAGAAACCUGAUUAUGAAUAUUUACGGACCCUCUUCACUGACCUCUUUAAAAAGAAAGGCUACACCUUUGACUAUGCCUAUGAUUGGGUCGGGAGGCCCAUUCCUACUCCAGUAGGGUCAGUUCAUGUAGAUUCGGGUGCGUCUGCAAUAACUCGAGAAAGCCACACACACAGGGAUCGGCCAUCACAACAGCCUCUUCGAAAUCAGACGGCAUCGUCCGAGCGCCGAGGAGAGUGGGAAGUCCAGCCCAGCCGGCAGACCAGUACCUCAUACCUGACAUCUCACUUGGCUGCAGACCGUCAUGGGGGAUCAGUGCAGGUGGUUAGCUCAACCAAUGGUGAGCUGAAUGUUGACGACCCGACUGGAGCCCACUCCAAUGCACCAAUCACUGCUCAUACCGAGGUGGAGGUAGUGGAGGAAACUAACUGCCUGAAAAUGCUCAACCUGUGGUGCUGCUGUUUCUUUAAGAGGAAAAGGAAGAAGAAUGCUCAGCGCCACAAGUGACCAGUGCCUCCUCUGAGUCCUCAGGCCUUGGGGACUCUGACUCCAUUGCACCUACAGCUCCUGCCAUUUCUCAUUGGAAGGAACUCUUCUGUGGGGGAGGGUGGAGAUCCAAACCAAAAAGAAGAAAAGAUGCCCCCAGAAGGAGCCUUUGCGGGCAGCCAGGGCCCUGUGGCUCGGGCCACCCCUCCUGCCUAAGCUCUGAGCAGGUCCCAGAGCUGCUGCUCCUGCACCGCUUGCCCUGGGGCUGCCUGGUAGACCUCCUUCCCAUUGUUUACAGUGAAGGUGUCAUUCACUAAAACUCAAGGACUACUGCUCUCUUCCCUCCCCUUCUUUACUCCUGGUUCUCGUCCCACCCUCAGCCUCUCCAGCAUAAAAGCUAGUGAGCUAAAGGCUUUGUGUGUGGAGGGGGUGCCCAGGGUGGGUACGGCCAAGAAGGUAGGAGGAAAAUGGCAGGCCCAGGCCAGGGCUGGAGAAGAAUCUCCUUUCUCCACCUGCCUGUGUGUCUGUAGUAUGGCUUCCUGUCCUCUGUGGCUGGGCAGCCUCCACGGAGGUGGCCACAGGGUCAGGUUCCUUCCUCCCUCCCUCCUGUGAAUUUACACUGUAGGACGCAAGCUGUGAGAAACCUGCAGUCUACUGUCCCCUUGUGGUGGCAUUCUUAGCUUUCUUGACAAGUGAGUUCCUUUUUCCAGGCAGUAGCAGGACAUGCAAAUUGUUCUGAGCAAGGAAAGAAAACUGACUUUAUUGCACUUUUAGUUGUUUGUUUGUUUUUUAACAACAUGGCAGAUGCAUAUUGUGUGUAGUUAUAUUGGGGGUUUUACUUUGAGGGGUAUGGGCCAGCCAAGCCAUUCAGAGAGAAAAUGGGUCCAGAGGACAUUUUCUGUGAAAAAAGUUCGAUCUGCAGCAUCCAGAAGAAAAGAAACCAAACUCUGUCAUUCUGAGUCAACACUCGGGUUGACAAAGAAACAUACUUGAAUUUACAUUCAUCUUCUCAGCUGCUGAAGAAUGUCCCUUCCAGAGCCUUUUGCCCUAAUCUGCCUGCAGUUCCCAAGCCUAGCUCUUCAGCACAUGCAUGGUGGUGAGCAGAGAGCCAGACUGUGACCAAAAGACAGCUCACCCCACGGAAGGAGAUACUUAUCAAAAAAUCUGAAAUUUCUUUUUUUUUUUCCACUGCCAGGGAUUCCUCCUCGAUAAAUCAUGUGAGUUUCUGGUGACUUGGGAUGAAUUAGUGAUGGAACAGCCACCACUGCAUUGCCUCUAGUGGACAAAAAGCAGACAGUGAGCCUGCCUUCCAGCUGCCAGAGAAUCCUCAGGGUGUGGCAUCAUAGGGCCAGGAGAAGGAAGUCAGUGUGUCCUGUCUGCCCUAAGAGCUAAGUUGUAGCCUUUGGGCUGGCUUGCCUUACCUGAAACCAGGCCCAUAGCAUCAGGACCUGGGGCUUUGAGAAUAGGAAUGUAGGAUUGGUUGGUGCUGGGAAACCAGGGAAAAGGAGAAAGGUUUGAAAUUACCUUUUAAUGAGACAUAACUUGCUGAUAAGAUGGCCGUGCGUCUGAGCGUAUUUUCCCCACCACCCAACACUCCCACCAAGGUGGAUUCACAGAACGGGCCACCAUGAAGUAUCCUGGUUCCUCGUUUACUGUUUGAAGUUAGUAAUGUCUGGAAUUAAUCUCAUGCUGCAUUUUCGGUUCAGGGGGCUUUCCAAGCAAUGGCUUCUCAUCCUGACGUGACAGAGGAGAAAGAAUCACAUACCUCAGCGGAAGAAGUCUU